GGAAUUACGCAUUCUGCGCCAACAAUGAUAUUCUGCGCAGAAAAGCUUCAGCAGCGACCCAGCACAAGGCGUGGCGUGUGAGUUUCGCGUCGGAUUUCCGGUACCUGCAUAUAUGAGGCUAAGUACCCGAAAUCCUUUCAUACACUUCUCAAUCAUCGCAGUGCGUGAUGGCUAGUCUACGCUCUUCGAACAAGAAUACGCCUCGCAAGCGUUACACCAUCGAUGCUUUCGAGGGCAUCGAGGAGCUUGCGUCUGAGUCUGAGGCUUCAGAUGAAGAGAUACCAGAUGCCCUUGACCAAGAUGCAGACGAAUUUGAGGCAGGCGCUGAGCCUUCAGAGACUGAAGACGACGAUGUCAUGUCUGGAGUUGAGCGCGAAUUGGAUCAUGUCAGCGAAAAAGCCAGCCAUGUCGGCGAGCGCGAGCUGGACGACGACAUGUCAAUAGCCUCAGAUCCUGAACCCCCAGCAAAAAAGCCGACACGAAAGGCCAAACGGCUCGCAAUACCAGAAAACCAACGGCCCUUCACUCGAGGAACACCGGACAACAUUCAUAACAGGCUCACGAAGAAGGAAAGGCGAAAGUACUUCUUUGGUACGGGCGAAUUUGAUGCGGACAUUUUGAUGAAGGCGAGAGCGAGGUGGGGCGCUGAGAUAUGCUUUCCCAGUCGAAAGGCGAGCAAGUCCGGGGCUGGCGGAUUUUCGUACAGCGUAGCGUAUGAGAAAGCCAUUAAGGAGUCCCAGAAGAAUUGGAAAUGGUACAGCAACGACGGUGGGAAAGAAUGGUUUUCGCAACGCCAGCAAAUCAGCACCAUGGGUGAGCAAGAUGCGCAAGACUACAUGCCCGUGGAUGUUUCAAACGAGCGACACUUUUUGAUGGGAGCAGUGAAUCAGCAGAAGCUGCAUACUCUGCAGCCUCGCGAGUCUUUGCCACUGCACGAACCAUUCCGGAAGGACCCCGAACCAGGUCAGAAAUGGAAGGAAGUCAGGCCUGCCGAGUACAAGAGUGGUUUCUUGUUAAAUCUAGGCGCGAGAGUACAUUGUCUGGACUGGGUGCCGAACCAGCCUGGGAGUAAGCAAUACAUUGCAAUCAGCGUCCUGCCCACGCGACCGUCUGAUGAGACGCCGGAAGCACCUGCAUUCGCACCACAUCCACAGCACUUGUCGAGUAUCCAGAUAUGGGAACUCAGCGCGAGUGAGGCUGGUCACAUUGACAGCAGCGUGCCGCCAAAACUAUCGCUCGUGAUAGGAGCAGAAAUGGGUGAUGUCAAAGUGCUGAAGUGGUGCCCGGUACCCGCAACUGGCAUGGAUUCCCUCGGUCUAUUGGCCUGUGUAUCCUUCGAUGGCUCAAUCCGUGUCAUUGAUGUGGAAAGGCCCACGGAAGAUGAGACCACCUACCGUUUGAUCGAUACAUUUGCCUUCGAAAGCAAACCUCCAGAUACAGUGUGCACGUGCAUGGCCUGGCUUGACUCUCGGCGUCUCAUCGCUGGAUGUGCGAACGGCUGUGUCGCUAUCUGGGAUCUUGCCGAAAGUAUGACCAAGAUCCAUCCUAAUCCUCGACCCACAUCAUACGCCAGUGUCACCACAUCUUACAUUCUCGCCAUAGCUACAGCCUGGCCAUCGCUCCCGAACAUGCUCAUCACAACUUCCGCCACCGGUCACACCUUACUGACAGACAUUUCCCAACCAUUCCAAGAUCCAAGCGCCACUGCUGUAGCCCCUCGUGUGCGCGUCGGGCACAAUACGCUAUCAUGGCUGGAGCAUUGCAAAUGUGCUCUCGUUGUCGAGGACAACCUGAUCCUAAAAGCGUUUCCACUUCGAAGAUGGUUUAGCACGAUUGGCCUUGGCAGGUUGAGGAGUGCGUCUACAUGUAUGGCUUCCAGUCCCUGUCAUCCAUUCGUACUACUGGGCUCGGCCGGCGGUGAAGUUUCUGGCAACAACCCACUCAGACGAGUUGUAGAUGGAGGAAAAAUAGCCAUGUGGCAACAAGACUGGUUUCGACACGAGUGGAGACGUCCAAGCGAGGAGGAACGAAACGCUGCCGAAGGCCGUCAAGAGCAGGCUGUUGGACUUGGCAAAUCCGGUCUCUCGCGCAUCUCGGAAGGCUUCAAAGCGGAAAAAAUCUCUCUUGACCCGAAGUCUUCUCAAACUUCAAAGAAUGGUGUGUUCUUUAAGACGAUCUAUGAGGAACAGUCUGCGAUCACCGCACUCGCUUGGAAUCCGAAUUUGCAUGUGGGGGGAUGGGCUGCGGCAGGGAUGGCGGAUGGGUUGUUGAGGAUUGAGGAUAUUGCUGCGUGAGAAUCAGCUGGCAUUUCGUUGGUGCUCGAGAGAGCAAAGAGAUAUCCAUUUCUCUUUUCUAGUACUGGCGAAGGCUUCUGGUCUAGGCACUAUCUACCAUCUGCAGCACAUUAGGUGUGUUUUCUUGCCGAGCCACAUGCACACAAAGCAAGGAGCAAAAUCUGGGUGCAUCGCAGCCGUGAGACCUAUUGGACAAGACUUCCUGCAUCGGUUCGACUCUGAUGCUCCGCCCG